ACAAUGACAAAACUCGAGGUCAGGGAAAAAAGUCGAAGUCGUGCUGAAAAUGUGAACUAUUCUUGGAAUUACAUCGAGAAAAAACACCAUAGUUUUUAAGCCACCUAUCAUUACGUCAUCCUGGAACUUUUAUCCUUCGUAUUUGAUACCUUCAAACUGAGCUGUUCAUCAUACUGUCGAUUUUGAUGUUGUGACGCAAGAUGAAUUUUCUUUGCACUUAGGCCUUGAAUUUUCCUUGUAAAUGAAUUCAAGUUGGAAAUAUCCUGAUGGCAAGGUUUUAAGAAUUAUUGUUGCUAGAGGAGUGAGGAGAUGAAGUGCAGUGCUGUAAAUAUUGUCAAAGUAUAUUUUCGUCCCAACUAGAACUGGUACCAGUUCAAUCAUCUCUUGUUUAUCGGUUGGUUAGCCAAAAAUGGCGGGAUUUAAUACCCAAUACCAACGUUUAAACUCCGCUGAAGACCCUGAAGAAGACUUACCACCUCAGGGAUUUCACAUCGGUACCAGAGGUGUCGGAGAAACUGAAAAAGGAAGGUGGAAUCACAUUGAAAAUUUGGAUGAAUUCUUCAUUAGAUUAUAUGAAUACCAUCAACACAAUGGAUUUGCCUGUAUCUUACUGACUGAAUGCUUUGCUCUCAUUCAAUUUGCUUUUGUGGUGUUAUUCACAUCUUUCCUUGUUCUAUGUGUGGAUUAUGAAAAGCUAUUUAGACUCCGUGAUCCAAAGUUCACAGAGGUGAUCCAUUUUCAUAAAGUACAACAUAUGGAACCAGCCAUAGUUGUGUGCCUGGUCAUUGCACUUCUCUUUUGGCUGAUCCGUUUGGCUAGGGUGGUAGUCUAUUUUUUUAAGUUACUGGAAAUAAGAUCAUUCUACAAAGAUGCGCUUCAGAUUUCUGAGAGUGAGCUGUUAAAUCUACAAUGGCAAGAUGUCCAAAGAAGAUUGAUUGAAGUACAGAAGAUUCAUCAAAUGUGUGUCCAUAAAGAGGAACUAACAGAAUUAGAUAUUCACCAUCGAAUAUUAAGAUGGAAAAAUUAUUUUGUUGCCAUGCAGAAUAAGGGUGUAAUCCCAUGUAAUUAUAGGUUUCCUUUCAUUGGACAGAGAACCUUCUUGACAGAAGGAAUGAAAUACAACCUAAAGAUGAUUCUUUUCUGGGGGCCUGGGUCUCCAUUCCAAGAUAACUGGAAAUUAGGYGAUGAGUACAAAAAUCUUAGUAACAGGACAGUACUAGCAGACAGGUUGUCUCGGCGUAUAUUUUGGAUUGGAGUAGCUAACUUYUUCCUCUGUCCAUUUGUUCUUCUGUGGAUUGUACUGUAUUCAUUUUUUAGCUAUGCUGAGAUGAUCAAAAGAGCUCCUGAUGCACUAGGAGCAAGACGCUGGUCACCAUAUGGCAGACUUUUCUUUAGACACUUCAAUGAAUUAGACCAUGAAUUUCAGGCCAGGUUAAGCAAGUCUUAUGAGCCUGCACACAAAUACAUGAAUCUGUUCACAUCACCUUUAGCAGCCAUAGUAGCAAGAAAUGUAGUAUUCUUUGCUGGAGCAAUUUUUGCAGUGCUAACUGUAUUGACCAUUAUUGAUAAAGAUGUUUUAAUGGCUGAACACAUCUUGGCAAUCAUAGCUGGCUUAGGUGUUCUCAUACRAGCCUGCUACAUUUUUAUCCCAGAUGAGAACUUAGUCUGGAAUCCUGAGCAACUAAUGAAGCAGAUCUUGUCCUAUACACAUUAUAUUCCCGAUGAAUGGAAAGGCAAAGCUCAUACAACUGAGGUUAGGGACCAAUUUGCACAGUUAUUCCAAUAUAGACUGGUGAAUGUAGUGGAGGAACUAAUAAGCCCCAUUGUGACUCCAUUUCUGCUGUGCUUCAGUGUUCGUCACAAGUCAUUAGAUAUUGUAGACUUUUAUCGUAACUUUACCGUAGAGGUUGUAGGUGUUGGGGAUGUUUGCUCAUUUGCUCAACUUGAUGUCAAGAAGCAUGGUAAUCCGGAUUGGUUGUCUGGUGGUCUGUCAGAAGCAACCCAGUAUGAACAAGCAGAGAAUGGCAAAACAGAACUCUCCCUCCUGCAYUUUUCAAUAAGAAACCCAUCUUGGAAGCCUUCGGAACGAGGCGCACACUUCAUCAGUACUAUUAAAGAAAAUGCCAUUCAAGAGGGUAUUCARCUAGAAAACAGUCUUGCUAUUUCAGAACCAAACUCAUUACCAGACUUCAGAUCAAUAGGCAGUUUGACUGGAUUGCCUUACAUGACACUAAGUGAUCCAACAUUUGGUGGAAUCAAUGGUGGAAUAACAACAGCAGACACACGUCAACAUCGGGAGCAACAGACAGAAGCUGUAAUGAACUCCAGCGUCUUGUAUAUGCAUGAGCUUCAUAGCAGACAAGGUGAUCAGCCACUUCAAGUUUCCACAAUAGGAAACAGUGAUUUAAGGAUUAAUGGUCAACAUGUUGAUGAAGAAUGCCAUGCUAACCAAAGGGAUGAUGCUGUUGUUUAACAUGUAGAGGACUCAUUUCUUAGACAUUGCAGAAUUCUUUAGUCUCAAUAACACUGUAUACACUCAAAUGAACAAUCAUUGACAUGUACUAAAUCAUAGAAAGAAAAGAGUAGGUUUGAUUUUGUAAUCAAUGCCUUGCAAUAGUUGACAUGGAAAUGACUUCAGCUGUAGAUAGUACUUACCCAAAGAGUUUUUUCACUCUACUUUCCAAACCAUUCUGCACUUUAUGUUUUAUGAUUUCCUCCCCAUGUAGGACUCAAUCCUAUUAUAUUACUGAACAAAUGUCUUAGAGUAAAGACUGCCUUACUUUUCAUUAUGAUACAAAGUGUACAGUAUAUAUUUGUCAUCUUGUUUAGGGUAAGGGUUUUACAUUAAUUUAUUUAGCUAUAUUGAAUGGUAGUAUUAUGAUGGGUUCAGUCUCCAGCAAGACUAGACUAAUACCCCUUCCUUCUAAUUAGGGUAUUUUAUCUAAUAAUUAUUACAAUAUGUACCUAUAGUGAGUGUGUAACAAUACCCUGAUGUACUAUUAUGAUCUAUUUUUAAGAUGUAAAUUGAUUUCAAUAAAGUUGUUUAAAUUUGCU